AUGGCCACCAAGCAUCCAAGCCGAGCCCUGAAGAAGGAGUGUGCUGCCAUUUUAGAGCAAGCUCGACAAUGGACAGAGGCCGCCGUCCUGCAUGAAGCCGCUGGGCAGAUUGAUGCCGCUGUUGCAGCCUGCCUCAAAUGCAAGAACUACGAUAAGGCUGGCAUCCUGCUAAAGAGCGCCAAAGUCUCGCCUAAGAUGUACUUGGAAUAUGCCAAGGCAAGAGAAGUCAGCGGAUCCUAUAAGGAGGCAGUCAUCGCAUACGAGUCGGCAAAGGACUGGACUUCUGUUGUGCGCCUGCUUCUGGAGAAGCUCAACAAUCCUGCAGAUGCUGUUCGUGUGGUGAAUGAAUCAAAGACGGCUGAAGGCGCCAAAAUGGUCGCGCAGUACUUCAUGAAAAUAGGGGACUUUGGGUCUGCUAUCCAAUUUCUAGUUUUGUCCAAAUGCCACAGCACAGCCUACGACCUCGCGCAAAAACACAAGAAAAUGGAAGUAUACGCAGACGUAAUUGGUUAG